GUAUGCACCCUUAAACUCUCUAAACUACGACCACACCAACAUACAAACACUGGACUAUCACCGAUGGUCAGGACGAAGGAACAGACGAAACGAAACCCACAAUAAUACAUAAGCAUUCGAGAACUUGGGAUUAACACAACCUGAACAAAAUAUGACCACCAUCAACCAACUCAUCUCAUUCUACAAUAAUAAUAACCAGAACCAACAGCAGAUACCAGAUCCAUCAUCCAGCAACACUCGACCAGCCACCAAGACAUCCGUCGACUCGGACCACCACUCCAAGGAACCACUACUACUACGACUACCCCCGAAGAAGAAAAUCGGGUCCGAAGAAUGCUAUCAGAUCGACUUGCAGCAAUGGCUCAGCUUGGGCCAACCUCAGCCAACCACACCGCCUAAGCAGGAACAGAUCAAAGUACCAGCUUGUACUCGUCGCUCAGUCUCCCGCUCGCCCCCACCAGUCCCACCACGAAAAACACACACCCACUCAACCCAGACCAUUCCAGCGGACUCCCAACCGUCACCAAAAGAAGAAGCAGAAGAGGAAGAGGAAGGACCGCCGAUCGAUCUCGGCUGCUUCAGGAAAGCUAUCCAGGCCCUGUGGACCACCCUCAUCCACCAACACUUCCAUCAUCAUCUUCUUCAUUCCUCUUCUUCGGCUUCGUCUUAUUACGAUCUUAAUAACCAGAAAAUUAAGCUCCCCGGCUCGCUCAUUCGCGCCGUCUGGAUCCGCUCGGGCUUGCCCCUCCAAACUCUCGCUCACAUUUGGGAGUCGAUCGAUCAGCAGAAAACAGGCGGCCUGAACUUCGAGCAGUUUUUAUUAGGCACCUACCAGAUCUCGAAGCUGCGACAAGCCCAGGCCCUCAAGACCAGAAAGCCCGCCCAGACGGCCCACCCAGAGAAUCGAAGAAGGACGAGUGAAUCGAAGGGAGGCGAAAGAGAAGAAGAAGGGGGAUCAGAGAUGAGGAGGAUGAGACGGAUGCCGACCAGUGGGGGACGCCGGACGCCCCCUUUGGUCCCCUCCUCGCGCCCCGCCUCCUCCCGCUCCGCCUCCGUCUGCUCCUCGUCUAACGACGAGGCUUCUCUCCUCGACCAUCCUAUCUCCCUCAAUCACCCCGUCAUCCACUUCCAUCAUCUUCAUCAUCCUGCUGAUCUUUUCAUCCCCUUCCAGAUCUCGCCUUCCCCCUUCCUCAAAUCUCAUCCGUCCUUAUGAUCUUCUUUUUUUUUUGUGGACCCGUCUCCUGUCGUGUCAUUCGCUUGUUUUGUCUUACCUCCCCACCUUUCUUUGUAUUCUACUUUUUUUUUUCGUGCUCGUUUCUCUUCUCCUUAACCACUUCUUUUUUGGAUACAUUUUUCUUAUUUAAUUCUCUUUCCUUUUUUUUUUCUCUCGCUUUUUUUUUGAUGAUUGAACCAUCACUACAUUUUCAUUUCACUCUUAUUCCCCCAUUUCUCUAACACCUCCAUCCAUUUGAAUCACACAGACAUACAUACACCCAUUUUUUUUUCGCUCUAAAUAUUGCAUUCUCCAUUUUCUUUCCUUUUUUUUCCAAAGUGUCGAUCGAUACA